AUGCUCCACCUGGAAUCUUCUAGAUCCUUCCACAUCGUACCAUCGAGUACCUUCGUAUCUGACAGCUCGCUGGCACCAGCCAAACCCGAUAUUUACUACGGCGCGCCUCCUAAAGAUCUCGAUCCAUCCAUCCGCAACGAGCUCGGCGAUUACAUCAUUCCAUCCACUAUGGAAAACAAACCUUUAGUGCCGAACUUUUUCACAGAAAUCAAGGGACCGGAUGGGUCGGCAGCCGUGAUGCAAAGACAAGCGCGCUAUAACGGGGCGAUUGGAGCCCGCGGCAUACACAGUCUGUACAACUACGGCAAUAACGAGCCUGUCUACGAUGGGAAACCCUACACAUUCAGCUAGACCUACCACGGCGGGACCGGGACUUUUCAGCUAUACACGCACCACAUGACCGAGCCUGUCACAUCCGGAGGACGCCCGGAGUACCACAUGGCUUAAGCAGGGUCUUAUGCGAUAACGCAUAGUCGUAAAACCUUCGUCCAAGGCGCUACCGCGUUCAGGAACGCCCGCGACAUGGCGAAGCAGUACCGGGACAGCUUUAUUCGAGCAGCAAACGAAAGAGCACGGCAACCUAGUGAGAGAAACUCAGCAGUAGCAGGCACAACGGUGAUACAGCAGGAUGAAGGCUCGAGUCCUAAUACAUUCGUGGAUUGUGACGAGUUCCCUUUAACACUCGACGUCCAUGAGGAAGCGUUUGGUCCGUAUCCGCAAUAGAGCUUUGUUGGUAUUGACGACCACACUCCGCGCCAAGCCAUUCACAAAGAACCGCGUUUUCCCCAAUAUCUUGUCGAUAAUGACGACUAUCAGCAAGACGACAGCCAGUCACCCGUGCCGUUCGACACUUUCCAAAACCCAGAGGCAAGCGUCGAAACGAGCUUCACGUUAAGCUUCGCCUCGAGCUUCCCGUUAUCGAGCUACCUCCCCGCCCGUGGUCACGGAUCCCAUUCUAAGCGCCCUAGGAAUUCACGAAGUCCACCAUCAAAACCCCACAUUGCAGAAGAUCAUCACAAGGCUGGACCUGCACGCCGCAAAAAGAAACCCAAAAACAAGUCACCCAAUUCAGGAGGAGCAGAAGGGAACGAUGCUGGUUGUAAAUGGAAUGAUGGCAUGGAGCGGUGGGAGUAUUGGGACGAAACGCAACAAGCCAUGCUGUAUUGGAAUGGCAAGAAAUGGCGUCGGGUAGAAGAGGAAUAGCUCGAGCUGGACGGAGCCGAAAACUUGCCUCCUAGAGGUUCUUUCUCACGUUGCCUUCCUCCAUCCC